UGUGUUUUAUCAUCAAUAUUUGCAAUUUACAGAUCAUUCAACUAACAAUAGCAUCUCCGAAUCAUGGAAAACAUCGAAACUGAUAUUUGUGAUGACCUGCAGAAUGAUGAAUUUUUCCGCAUUUUCUUGGAGGAUAGACAGGAUGCGAAAACGGAUCUUUCCACCACUAUGACCAUCACGGAGCAAAUUGCAAAAUUGUCGGAUGGAUUGGAGCAGGUUUCCUCACACCUGCAAACGCAGGUUCGCGGCCAGUACGGAGCUCUGUUGUCACAGGCGAACCAUGCAGGCCGGCUCAACACUGCCAUCAGUUCCAUUUCUGGUCACAUCGAUUCGCUUCAGCACAGCGCCGAUAGGUUGAAAAAGCAAAUUAACGUACCGUUUGAGCAACUGGAAACGCAAACUAAAAUUCUUGGACGACUGCAUGAGGCUUCCCAUGUGCUCCGGCAGAGUGGACGGUUUCUUCAAAUUUAUAAAGCACUGGAUAAAGCUACGGAGCUACCGGAGCAAGCACGGAUUGUUUUUGAACUUGAAAGCGUAAUGGAGGAUGUUGAUCUGAGUCAAAUAGAGUUUCUGAAAGAGGAAAUUUCCACGAUGAGCUCCGUUAAGACACGCCUUAUAAAGGUUGCAAAUAGGGAUUUAUUUCAAAGCAUACAAAAUGCAAAGGAAGAUGAAACGAAGAACUGUUUGAGAAUUUUUCUAAAUCUGAAAACACUAGCAAAAUGUCUGGAUAAUAUUUCUGAAACUUAUCAGCGCUAUAUUAGAGAUUCCAUUAAAGAAUGCUAUGCGGCAUCAGAUGUGGGCAAAUUGCGCGUGCAGGAUACAGUUGUUAGUAAUAACAGGGAAAAAUUAGAUCGCGUUCAAUCCAAAGGCCCCGGAAAGGCUCCCGUACUGACCAGUUCCACUCAUUUCCGAACCAAGUUGUGGCAAGCAUUAGAAUGGCUUUUCCUGGAUGAGUUCUACAGCUACUGCCAACAGAUUGCAUUUCUUCAACGUUGUUUGUUGGGCUUACCUCUGGCGGAGGAUUGUCUCACAAUGGCCAAAAUGAUAACCAACGACUUUUGGAAUAAGUUGGAAAAGCAACUGAUCGAAUCUUUCAUCGGUGCCCAACCACAUGUUUACCAGGCGCUUCAACAGGGACUUCCUAAGUUGCUUUCCGUAGCACGUGCCUUGGAAAAGAAAAUCGACAAUGCUUUCGUUUUUGGAGACGAAACCUUCAUCGCAUUGGAAGCAGGGUAUUUGGAAAAAUGUGCUAACAAUUUGAAAGCCGUGCUAAUCGACAUAGAUUUCCCCAAUCAAGAGGUCAUCGAUAGUGUUGUGCGUGUAGCUUCUACGGAGUUGAAUGCGGCUGUUGUUGACGACCGAUUGACACGGCAGGUGACGGAAGUGAUUUGUGUAUCCAAUCAGGACUUGUGGAACAGAAUCGAACGGAAUGUGAAACUAGGUGGCGAUACACAGCAGGUGUUAGACAAUCCGAAUGCUUCGCAAUCACAAAAUAUUACACUGGCGAAUAUUGUGCACUACCACCAUGAGGCCAUAUGCCGGCUGAUUCAAAAUUUAGGGACCAAAUUUUCCAACACCGAAGCGGCGGCCAAGUUGAAAAAGAGCCUCAACGAUGGUCGCACCAUCACCCUUGCAAUAAUGCAACAACUUAUUGCCUCGAUUCACUCGGCUGUAAAUAUAAUUCUGCUGAGCAUGCACCGCGAGCCUGGUUUAAAUACAGCUACAAUUUCGACAGCUGGUCCGUCGUUCUAUAUGAAGGAGCUACAAGAUUUUCUUGUGCGGUCGUGGAACUCGCAUAUUGCACCAUUUGCAGACAAACCUAUCAUUGAAGAAAGCGGCCAGCACUUGGCUGCCCGAUGUAUUGAACUCUUUGUGCAGAAUGUAUCAAUACUGAGACCAAUUUCCAAUACCGGUCGGCAGAGACUCAAGGCCGACUGUCAUCACUUGGAGCUGGCACUGAAGCCUAUCGUCCCGGAUUUAGCAGUAUUGGGCAAAAGUUUUCGACUACUGAGAGCAAUAUCGUCACUUCUAACAGUUUCGGCCGAGGAAUUGGUGCAGCAUACAUCUGGAACGGGAGGAGUUGUGCCGCCUUAUAUUGUGCUAUUCAUCUUGUUUGGUUUCGCUGGACCAGAGCUAGCCAGUCCUCACGCUACCGCCGGUUGGUCCAAUGAGAAGCUGAUUCAAUGGCUGGAAUCCCACUCGUCCGAGCGCGAUCGGUUGGAAUUAAUAACGGGUGCUUUGCAGAAAUAUCGCACUGUUGUUCGGCAGAAGAACGUAUCCCAAUACGAUGUGGUGUAUCCGUUGAUUGCCAACUAUCUGGAAGAAACGAUGAAGGAAAUUGCACCGAAGUAAAGCAAUUGCCGGCGUGCAUUUCGGUCGUUGGUAUGGCAUACUUUUCGUGUAUUUAAUAUAGGAUUGAAAAGAUACGGUCUUAAUAUACCAUCAUGCACAACGUACAGCUCACUUUUGUAAAAAAGUCCAAUUUUCUGGAUCAAUUGCAAUACGUAUAUAAAUUUGUAUACAUACUUGCACCUUAAAACCCCAAACUUUUAUUAGAUAUUAGGGUAAUUUGGGGCAAGAUGGGUCAGCUAGUACAUUUAUUAAAUUAUUUGUUCGUCAAAAUCAAUAGAUUCAAUGCAAUCAUAAUGAUGGUUUGCUUUUUUCAAUUCAGCAUUGAGGCUAUUGAUGAUGUUGACAAUAAUCAAACAAUAAAUAAAUCUAGUAGAUGACCCAUCUUGCCCUACUUUUGAUGAAAUAUGUUUGUUACACUAAGGGAUCGUCCAUUAAUUAUGUCACACUUUUAGGGGGGAGUGGGGGUUUUGGAAACUGUGACGAGCCAUACAAAAAAAUUUAAGGU